UGGGCGCGGCGGUUACUGUUCGUCGGUCUUCUGUUGAGGAAAGCGGCUGGCGGGGCGCCGCCGUAGGGUAUGAAAGAUGGCAAGUCCAGAUAGAAGUAAGCGGAAGAUACUAAAAGCCAAAAAAACAAUGCCUGCAAGUUGCCGGAAGCAAAUAGAAAUCUUGAGUAGGUCAAAGAAUGUCGAAGCACUGAAAACAGCAACUGGGAAUAGUAAUAUGUCAAGUGGUAAUCAGAAUUCAAAUACCGGUGCCAUAAGUAGCAAAUAUGGACGGUCUGAAAAUGCUGCUUCCUUGCUGGACUCUAACAAAAAUUCAGUAUGCUCACCGAAAAGUAAAGUAUUGUGUCAGAAUGUUACAAAACCAUUAGAAACUGUUGAUUCAGAAACAAGAUCGGAAUACAUUGAAGAACAAGUUGUGUGCCCUUCCCCAAAGCCAACAAAAACAAUAGAAUCUUCCGGGAAACUCUUUACACAGGAGACAAAAGAUUCACAAAACACUUCAAAAAGUCAUUUUGAAUGUCAGACAGAUGUAACAAUGUCCUAUUUUGAACAACGUGAAGAGGAUUGUACUAUGAACUCCAUUUGUUGUCCGUCCAGUUUGAGUGGUGUGGUUGACAUACCAAAGUCUACAGGAAACAGCACCUUGGAUGAUGAGAUAAUCAACAAGAUCCUUUCCCAUUCAGAAACAAACUCCAAUUCUGAGUCACAUGAUGAAAGACAAGGUCACAUUUUAAGUUCAGAAACUCAUUUUGUUCCUUUUGAUAAAAUACCUACGUUGGUGAAUUCAGUCAUCUCCAGUAACUGUCCUGCUGACAUUUUGAAAAGUGACGAAUCCUGUAGAACCUGUCACUCCAGCAUUUCAGAUAGUGAAAAUGUAGACUCAACGUGGCUGUCAGCACUUGACAUGGAUAGUAAUAACAGCCAUAAUCAAAAGAAGAGGAUUUUUCCGGAAAACAAAGAAACUGUUAAGCGCAUCAAAACUUCAGAGCAAAUCAAUGAAAAUAUUUGUGUAGCUUUGGAAAAGCAAACAGCGUUUCUGGAACAGGUCAAACAUUUGAUUCGACAGGAGAUAAAUAGUGUAAGUUACAAACUAUUUGAUAACAAACUGAAAGAAUUGACUGAACGCAUUGGGAAGACACAGUGCAGGAAUAAACAUGAAGCAAUAGCUGAUGAACUCUUCGCAAAAAUAUCCAAACUUCAGAGACGUAUUAAAGUAAUACUGCAAUCUCAAAAGAAUUGCUUGGAACCAAAUGUAUUAACCAAUAAUACAGACUGUAAGGUUACAAAUUCAAAGACGAAUUUGGAUAAGAAUCCAGAGUGCAUCAGCAGUCCAGAUGAAAGAAAGACUUCUAUGAGCUCUGAGCCUUCUAACCUUUCAGAAAAUGCGAGUGAAAAGAUUAAUUUAAGAGAACAUGAUGCUGUUUCUAAAAGUAACAAUGAUGGUGUUAUGUUGAUUUCUGUGGAAAGUCCUAAUUUGACAGCUCCAAUUACAUCAAAUCCAACAGAUACUGGAAAAACUACAUCAGAAAGUUCUAACAGUUCAUCUGAUGCUGAAACAGAAGGGAAGGACGUAGAGAAGAAAUUUGAUUCUGUGAUCGAUCUGACAAAAGAAGCCCAAUCAAAAUGCAACACAGAAAAUCCAGAAUCCACCUUGGAGUCCCCUACAAAAGCGGCUUCAACCUCAAAUGAGACAACGCUAGUGGCACAGAAUGCAGCCCAGGCUCCUGAGUCCUUUGAGCACCUGCCGCCCCUCCCGGAACCGCCAGCACUGCUGCCCGAACUCGUAGACAAAAUCCGAGACACGCUUCCUCCCCAGAAGACCGAGCUCAAAGUGAAACGGGUGCUGAAACCCAGGGGCAUCGCGCUGACUUGGAACAUCACCAAAAUCAACCCCAAGUGCGCUCCUGUGGAAAGCUAUCACCUCUUCCUCUGCCAUGAGAACCCGAAUAAUAAGUUGAUUUGGAAGAAAAUCGGAGAAAUUAAAGCUUUGCCACUCCCGAUGGCCUGUACUCUAUCUCAGUUUUUAAUUUCCAACAAGUACUAUUUUACCGUCCAAUCAAAAGACAUUUUUGGACGCUAUGGACCAUUCUGUGAUAUAAAAUCUAUCCCUGGGUUUCCUGACAAUCUCACCUAAAUGAAAAGUCCUUGGUGAUUAUGGUUUGUAUCGCACCGUUUUGUGUUUUCAUUUUUGAGUUUAUGGUUUUCCUCUAACACUCCUUGCCACGGGCCAGUUCAGACUGUGAGCCGUGUAUGGGGACAGGCUCAUCCCUAUGUUGUAAGUGACCUCUCCUCUCAUGAAUUUCUGAUUGGCGUCCAGUAAGUACUCCCAGCGGAUAUGUUCUAGAACAUACACUCCCAUGGACGCAUGUCACUUGAGCUGUGCUGUGCACAUCACCUCUGGUGACAGUGGAGCAGCUGCUUUUUUAUCUCUGAAGCCCUGGGACACAGCUCCGUGCCUGCUGCUGGCAGUCAGUGUUUGGUGACCUGCUUCUGUGGUCAGUGUAAGUACAAGACAGAUGAGGUCUCUGCCGAGGCAGGUCAUCCCUAGGGUGCCUCCCCCCCCAAGAUUUUAUGACAAUAAAUGUCUUCUUAUUCUGUUCGAAUCCUAAGGGCUAGUAAUACGUCCACUCCCUAUUUUUUUUUCUUUUUGGCUGUGUCAGUCAUUUGGGGAAAGAGUCCAGAGUUUUUCCCUAAAUCUGUUUGUAUAUUUAGAUAUAUAUAAUAAAAUUAGUUCUCCAUCAUGUGCUAUGUACACAUAACAGAGAGUAUCUCUGAUAAAAGUAUUAUUCACCCCUGUUUCAGCUCCAGGAAGUGGAGUUGUCCACCUUAGGUUCAAGGCCUUUAUUUGCUGAUUCCUUAGUGCUACUCUCUGUUCAUUUCCUGGCUGCCGUCAUUACUCCGAGAAAGAACGUAACACUAAGGGGCCCCGAGAGUUAUGCCCCAUGCACCCCUCUGAGAGGCACUAACCUGAGGCUGCAGCUGUACAAGUUCCUGGGGAAACAGUGAGCAGACUGGAGAAGUGGAAGUCAGGGCCCGGUGGGGUGUUGAGAAAAUGAACUUGAACUCUUAGUAGGAAGGAAAGUCCGUUGAAGAGAGGCGUCCUUCCCUGGUAUAUAGUGAACGUUCAGAGCUCAGAGCUCUGAGAUUUCAAAACUGGAACGAGGAAUGGUUUUCCUUGGCAUUUUGUGACUAUCUUCACAUCUUCAGUCAUAAAUAAAGCUAUUAUUUUACAGUC